CCAUGGAGGGUUACAUGAAGACGGAUGACAGGAUGCGAUUGGCCAAAGAACGACGUGAGGAGAAGGAGAGAACCCUGGCUGCCAGGGAGCAGCUGAUGAGGGAGAAGGAUCGCAGAGCUCGGCUGCACCACGAGCGCACAGUGGAGGAGCGCUGGAGGAAGCUGGAUGAGCAGAGGCAGCGAGAGGAGCUCCGCAGGGCUGCAGUGGAGGAGAAGAGGAGGCAGCAGCUCGAGGAAGAGAGGGAGCGGUUGGAGGCCCUGAUAAAACGCUCCUUUGAGCGAAGCCUUCUGCUGGAGCAGAGGACCAAACGCUGGAGCAGGGGCUGCCCUUCAGGAGCAGGUGACAGUGAGAAUGCACCACUCCCUUUCUCUGCUGCCUCCGCCUUUUCCCAUGGCAUUGCCUCCCCCCUUCCUGCUGUCAGCGAAUCUGCACCCUGCAGUCCUCACAGGUCGCCUUUCUGCAGCUCGCUGAACCCUGCAGAUCACAACAGGGCCGGACUUCUGGGAGGCUCACAGUCCACUCCCAAUACCCCCAAGAAAGAGCGGCUGCGCAGAGAGAGAAGAACCGCAUCCCCAGGCUGUGGAUCGCCUCUGAGAAGACCUGAAUCUCCGGCUACCUCCAACCAAACAUCUCUAUCUGUGCGCAGGCUGGCAUCCAAGAUCCGUGCCCAGUCUCCGGGCAACGCGCAUCAGUACCAUAACUCCCCUACAAGACAUCGUCCGAACAAGUCAAGUGAUGACAAGAAAGCAGAAAACAAGAAGGUUGCAACACAUGGUGAAAGAUCCAAAGCUGAGACAGCGUUGAAAAAGAAUACGGACACAGAGGGCUCUAAUCCGUCUUUGCAAGCUGAGAAGACUGUGGUGAACACUGAGAUCACUAAAACAAGAUCCUCUAAGGCUGAAACGUCUGAUAAGCGCCUCAGAGGCGACACACCGGACAGAAUCCAGUCGCCUGACAGGAAGGACCACUUGUCUCCCAAAGUGGAUUCCUCAGAGAAGAAGACACAGAGCAAUGUUGAGGAGGGAGACAAGAAAAAAGAAGCAGCAUCAUGCAUUGGGAAGGGGGCAGCUGGCACUACAAAUGCAGAGGAGGCUACCAGGUUGCUGGCAGAGCGGAGGCGUCAGGCUCGAGCUCAGAAGGAACUGGACGAGAAAAAACGGGAACAGGAGGAAAAAAAGAGACUGCAGGAGCAGGAGCAGCUAAGGAAGCAACUGGAACAGGAGCAGCGACGUCAGCAAGAAGUGAAGGCUCAACAAGCGGAGGAGAAGAAGAAAAAUGAGGAAGAUGUUCUGAGACUGAAAGAAAAAGAAGCCAAUGAAAAGAAGGAGGAGCAGGACAAGGAGCAUAAUGACGAGAUGGAUAAAGAGAAAGAAAAGGUCAAAGUCCUUCAGGAGGAGGCAGAGCGUCAGCGGCUGGAAAGAGAACUACAGGCACAACAAGAAGAGGAGGAGAGGCAACUGAGAAAAAAGAGAAUUGAGGAGAUCAUGAAGAGAACUAGGAAGGGUGAAGCUGACUUUAAGGAGGAGCAGGUGGAGACGAAGUCCGUCUCAGGGGAUAAAAAGACUGUUCAAACAAAUGCUCAGGUGAAGGAGCAAGCGUCCCAAAAUGUUGAGUUUCAGGUUAAAGAGCCGGUCACAGUCCAGGUAAACUCGAAGGAAUGUGCCCUGGUGAGGAAAGAUUCAGCAGCAGCAUCAGCACAGAUGGACAAUCAGAAGAGUUUACCAGCUAAAAACAACACUCAUCAUGUAACACCAACGCACAGUGUCCCCGAGAAGAGACCGGACGCCAAACAAACCAGUGACGAGCAGGACAGACGACCCAGCAAGGAACGCAAGGCCUGUGAUGUGAAGCAGCAGAGAAGAGAGGCGGGAAUUAAUGCGAACGAGCAGCGCGUAGAAAAUGCAAAAGCCACAGACCAAAUAAACAAAGAGCCAACAAAGCUGAGAGCAGAUGCCAAAGCCAGCGUAAAGCAGGGGGGGUUGAUGAAUGGAGCACUGAAGGGUAGUGGAAGUGCCUUGUCGAGUAGCCGUCAAAUUGCUGAGGGAAGCAAACAACAAAGCCUGCGUGUGUCAGCUGCAGAGGGAAACCAUAACAGAGGGUCCCAGGUGGUGGCUGUUAGAGCCUCGGUGACUCCCCCGCUGGUCAGACGCCUGCUGCCGUCGAUCAUCAAGCUGGAGCCGUUGGAUGUGAAGGUGAAGGGGAAGGGGUCAUGUGAUGAGGUGCAGUCCAUGGACGUCAGCCCAGCUUCUAAGGAAGAACUUAUUUCAAUCCCAGUGUUCUCACCGGUCAUUGAGAUCCAGCACAGUGGUCUGAGUAACAGCCGCGCUCUCGAAGACCUGAUGGAUCUGACCGACGGCGUCCCCUUCCCCAAACUGACCUCUGAGAACAACAUGGGCGACUGCAACAAGAACCUCAUUGAGGGCGUCGUUAGUCCCAUGUCAGACUCUAAGCUCAUCGGGAUGUCCCCUUCGUCAUCGAAUAAACUAAGCAUCCAGUAG